CAUAUUUUUGGGCUGAUCUUUGUUUUUAUUUGUGUUUUUUAGGAUGGAGUUUUGUCCUCUGAAGCUUCGUCUCGUUGUGUGGACGAUGACGAGCCUCGUCUGUGUGUGUCCUCACGAGGUCACAGUGAAGCAGUCCGAUCUGAAGCAGUGCGACGACGACCGGCGAGUGUGUGUGACCGACCUCAGAGACUGUGGCCACCAACGCACUGCGUCUACACAGGAGACCCUGAACGUGUCGUGUCAGUACCACAUGUCACUCAAGUCUUUGACCUGUGGGUGGAGCUUGCAUCCAGACGGCCACGCAGAGCCGGCUGUGUCCCUGAUCUUCAGCAGCACAUUCAUCAUCUACUCCUGUACGGGCAUCUUCAAUCCGGUCGCCCUCCUCAACGUGACGGCCCGGAUCAGGGACUACGCCCUGGGGAGGGAAGUCUGGUCUCGGCCUCGGACCGUGUUCCUCUACGACGUGGCCAAACCCAUUAGCCCUGUGUUGAGUCUGCGCCGCUCCACCGAGAACUCUGUGGUUGUGUCGUGGAGAAGCGGCGACAGUGUCUGUCGGCUUCGGUACAGAGUCGAAGGCGCUCUCACGUGGACCGAGGCUCCAGAAAAUGUGACUUCACACAGAGAUGAGACACUGACCUACACCAUCAAAGACCUGCUGGUGUCCACCGCCUACAGAGCGGCUGUGGCCUGCGCCGAGGAGUCCGGCAUCUGGAGCGACUGGAGCUCUGAGGUCAGCGUCAGGACGCUGGACAAAGCACCGUCCCGGCCUCCAGAGGUUUGUUACAGAGUGGAGCAACGAGACUCCGGUGGACCUUUUCUCCUUCAUCUCAUGUGGAAGGACCUCGACCUCCGUGACGCCGGAGGUCGUAUCCUCGGUUACCGGGUGAGCUACGAGCCGGCGAAGAAGAAGAAGCCGCAGCCGCAGCACAGACGCAUUCAAAACGUCACCGAACUGACGGGGCUCCUGGUGGUGGAGGAGGGGAACUACAGCGUCACCGUUGCGGCCUUCAACGCUGCCGGCUACGGACCCGCCGCACGCCUCGCCAUCGACACGCGGAGACGCAGCGCCCUUCUUCCGGUCAGACACUUGUGGGUCUCCAGUUCCUUCCCGACUGAGAAGGGCCUUCUGGUCCAAUGGGAGAACCCCUCUGUCCCACCCUCUGUCCCGCCUGUCACUCAUCUUGCUGUUCAGUGGCGCUCCGGGACUCCUCCGUCCAACAUCAGCCGCUGGACCGCGGUGGACCCCCCCAACACUUCCGCCGUCAUAGGAGACGCUGACCCCAACGAGUCCUACGUGAUCACCGUGGUGCCCGUCUACAACCAGCAGUGUGGCCCCCCCCAGUCGAUGCCCGCCAGCCUGCAGCAGGGAGCCUUGAUGGAGGCGGUCCAACUGAAGGUGGUGGGCGUGACCAAAACCUCUGUGAGCGUGGUGUGGGUGUGGCAAAAAAAGUCUGGACCAAUCAGGGUGCAGAGAUACAGAGUGAAGCUGAGGAAAGACUCUGAGAGUCACACUCUGUCCCUGUGGCCCGACCAAUGGCAGCUCACCUUCCCCAACCUGACCCCAAACACUGAGUAUUCUCUCCUCCUAUUGGCCGACGAUUCGUCCAGAAACAACAUCCCUGUGAAGACAAACUUUGACGAGGGGCCGGCCGUGGCUGCAGCGACUCCUCUGCUGCUGCUGGCUGUCGUCGUGUCCAUCGUCUCCAUCCUGACCAGGACUCUGUACAAGUCGUACUUCUUCCCCCACAUCUGCAGCCCUCGGGGCAGUAACACUGGCCGGUGGCUGAUGGACCCAAACCACCAGAAAACUGCAGACAGACGCGUCCUGGACCUGGAGGACUUCCAGGUGGCUUGUGUUCUCGGAGAGAAGAGUCUCAUCACGCUCCGUCCCAGCUCAGAGGAAGACCUCCAGAAAGACCAGGAGGUCUUCCAGGAGGACGCCUCUCUGCUUUCCGUUGACAAACUGUCGGCCCUCCCGCUGAGCGCAGAGUACCCCCACGACGCCCCGGGGAACCCAGAGGACAAGGAGCGGCAGGGGAACAAGGAGCGACCGGGGAACCAGGAGCGACAGGGGAGACCCGCCGAGGAGGCGGCAGAUGUCGGCCCCUUUCCUCAAAAAGAGGACGAGGCGCCGGCGGGGAGAGAGUGCGAAUACGUGGCCCACGGUGUUUAUCGGAUCAGCUGCAAGGCCCCGAUCGGAGAGACGGACGCGUGACAUUUAUUGAUAGAUUGAUUGAUAAUUAAUUCACAACGUGUUGAGAUAUUUAGAAAAGCGUCUGACUGGAGAAGCUUCUCAGGAGUCGGGACGUCCUUCCAGGCGCUGAGGAACCACAUGGCCCCAUGGAGGAGCACAGCGUGUCCUCUCUGACUUGCGCUGCUCUUGUGAUCAAAGAACUUGUUGUCUCUCUGAGUUCUAAAUGUGAGUUCAUGUCUCUUCGCCUCCACUCGCACCUUUUUAUGAUGCAUUGAGUUGCAGUGAACAGUUCACAAAAACCUGCUAAUGUAACGCUGAGGGCUAACACGAUAGCAUGGCUACACACCGCUGUAACGUUGCCAUAGUUACCGUCUCUCUCUCUUCCCCAUUUCUGCUGCACAGUAUUUCAACUGCAGAAAUAAACGGGACGAAAUACUCAUCAUGAUGUCAGACAAAGUGUGAGUUAGUUUCCUUUAAUAUUUCCAGUUGACAAGAA